GUUGUCACCGUAAGGAAAACUUCGGAUGUUGCAGAUCUGAAACAUAAAGGCAAAUUGGUGGAGAAACUCUGCAGGUCUGGCAGCAUCUGUGGAAGGAAGUAUGAAGUUAACAUUUCGAGCCCAGACAUCCCGACAGCUCGCAGCUGAUCUUUCACCGCAGUUUUAACACUUCUGUUGGAUGGGACCGGUCCUUCUCUGGUUCUGCAUGGUGGAUAUUAUUUGCAACACACCUUUCCUUGGUGCUAUGGGGGAUCAUUGCAAAAAGAAGCACGGAGUUGCCAUGUGUGUAGGGUGUGGGAGCCAGAUCCAUGACCAGUUCAUCCUGCGGGUCUCCCCCGAUUUGGAGUGGCAUGCCGCCUGUCUGAAAUGCGCCGAGUGCAGCCAGUACCUGGAUGAAACUUGCACUUGUUUUGUGAGGGACGGCAAGACUUACUGCAAGAGGGAUUACAUUAGGUUAUUCAGUACCAGGUGUACCAAGUGUAAUCUGACUUUCAGCAAGAGCGAUUUUGUGAUGAAAGCCCGGAGCCGUGUCUACCACAUCGACUGUUUCCGCUGCGUAGCCUGCAGCAGGCAGCUCAUCCCCGGCGAUGAGUUCGCCCUCAGGGAGGAUGAGCUUUUCUGCCGGGCCGAUCAUGACGUGGUGGAGAGGGCCUCGGCCGGGGGCGACCCACUUAGCCCUGUCCCAAACAGCAGAUCCCUCCAGAUGGCAGCGGAACCCAUUUCGGCUCGGCAGCCAUCCCUGAGGCCUCAUGUUCACAAGCAACAAGAGAAGACAACGCGGGUAAGGACGGUUCUGAACGAGAAGCAACUGCACACAUUACGGACCUGCUACGCAGCCAACCCCAGGCCGGACGCUCUGAUGAAGGAGCAGCUGGUGGAAAUGACCGGCCUCAGUCCCAGGGUCAUCCGGGUUUGGUUUCAAAACAAACGUUGUAAGGACAAAAAGAAAAUCACCCUCAUGAAGCAAAUUCAGCAACAGCAACACAGCGAUAAAACUAGCCUGCAAGGUUUGACGGGGACGCCGAUGGUAGCGGGCAGCCCUAUCCGACACGAUGCCCAAGGCAACGCGGUGGAAGUCCAGUCCUACCAAGCGCCCUGGAAAGCGCUCAGUGAGUUUGCACUUCAGAGUGAACUGGACCAGCCGGCCUUCCAGCAGCUGGUAACUUUCUCAGAAUCCGGUUCUCUGCCCAACUCCUCUGGAAGUGAUGUGACCUCUCUGUCCUCUCAGUUGCCCGACACCCCGAACAGCAUGGUGCCAAGCCCCGUGGAGACGUGAGGCGUGAGACCGAGACGUUUACAGAGCCGGCUACCGCAUGCCCCCGAAAACCCGCAUGAUCAAAGCGCUGCUCCAAGCAACACGACGCUCCCUCGCUACCGGUUUUAUAUCUAUCGCCAAACAUAUAAAAUAUAUCACAGAGACUCGCGAUGACUGCCAAAAACCGAAAUGCACAUGGAAGUUUUUCUGAACAAAAAAACUGCCACCACAGAAUUUGUCCUUGAAUCUACUCGUUGUAAAUAGAUUUUCACGGAGGCCAAAUUCCUUAUCCCCGAGAGGGGGAUGGAUGGUUACCGCCUGAGGAUUAUGCUCUAAUGCGCAAGGACUGAAAAUUAUUCUUUUUGUUUUUUUUUAAGAAAAGAAGUGCUUCAUGAAAUCAGCUGGAAAAAUAUUGCAUCUCACACCAUUUCUUCAAGUUAACACUGGCAGUGUUCCCCUUCAAUUCUAAAAGGUGCCCAGUUCAUUUCAGAAACUAAUCCCCGCCCCGUUCGCUGUUUCAAAGAAAGAAAGACAGAAGCAAUCGGCUUCAUGAUCACUUGGAGAAGAAAAUCGUUUACCGUGCGGAAGUUUUUGUUGUUUUUUAACACACGAGUUGUAAAGUAUGUAUGUACCAAAUGGGCCGGCGAAAGACGAUGUGAACCUCUUAAAGGAACGAAGUAAGUUAUUGCUAUUUAUUGUAAG